AUGUUUUUAGAACAAGAAUCAAAACAAGAUAUUAAAAACAAUCAGUAUGGAGUCCCCUAUGAAUAUUGUUAUAGUACAAAUUGCUUCAAUGACUAUGAAUUAAGAAACAAAGAACAAAAUGAUUAUGAGCAUAAAUGUAAAAUGAAAUAUGACAAACUUUUAGGACUUGGAGUAAAUUAUAAGCCAAAGAGUACCAUAUAUGAUAAAAACAAUAAAAAAUUAGUAUUGAAAAAAUACUAUAAGAAAAGUGAAUAUAAUAAUAUGAAUAACAGAAAUGAUAAUUAUAGUUUUUCUAGUAUUAACUAUCCUAAUAGAAAAAAUAUAAAUAAAACUUCGAAAAGCUCUUUUACAUUAAGUAAAAAUAACAAAGAUACCAAUAUUGGUAAUAGUUCUUAUAUAUGUAAAUACGAAAAUAAAAUAAAUAAUUGUGAAAUUAACAAUGAUAAUAGAAAUACUGAUAACAAUGAUGCUUCAAACUAUGAUCACAAAACUAAGGAAUAUUCUAGGAAUAGUAAUCUUGAUAAAAUUAAAGACAGUGGCAAAAUAAUUAAAAAUAAUGUAAAUGAUGAAGGAACAAAUAUAAAUAAAAAUUUCUGUAUUCUAAAAGAAGAUUUUUUGUCUAAUAAUAGUAAUAUAAAUUUUCAAUAUACAAAAGAUAUGAAUGAAAAUAAAAAUACAUUGACUUCUAAAUUUUUCUAUGUUAACACAAACAAUAAUCAUGAAUGUAACAACAAUGAAAAAAAUAAAGAAAUUAUAUUUUUAGAAAAUAAUAAAGAUAAAACAAUAAAUAUUUUAAAUAAAGAAUCACGUGAUUAUUCUAAAUAUACAAAUUUAAAUACAGUUGAACUAAAUAAUUCAGACAAAAAUGUAGAAAAAAAAAACACUCCAAAACCUGAAGAUCCUUUACGUGUAAAUUCAAAUGAAGUUAAUGAAAAUAAAAUUGAAUAUAAUAAAGGAAAAAAAAACUUUGAAAAAAUAAAUCAUAAUAUUAAUUUAAAUCAAAAUUUAGAUAUUUAUUCUAAUGAUAAAUCUUUAUUACAAUUAAAGAAUGAAAACCACUUAAUAUCCAAAUCACAUUCUGAUAUUUCUUCCAAUAUACUCCCAAAAGAGUAUGAUAAAAAAAGUAUUUACUUAAAAAGCAAGGGUAAUGAUAUUAAUAAAUAUGGUAAGAAAAUUGUUUCACUUGAAAAAAAUAGUUUUGAGAAUAUUAAUAAAAAAAAAAAUUAUAAAAAUGUAGUUUAUAAUCAUUUAUUUAAUGAUAAUGAACGAAACGUAGAUUGUGCGAAAAAAAAUCCUUCCAGUAAUACAUUUAAUAGUUAUAAUUCAAAUAGCAAAGCUGUAUAUCUUACUAAUAAAUUAAAAUAUAAACCUUAUAAAAAUAAUCUAACAAAAAUAACAAAUAAAAGUAAAGAUAAUAAAAUUUACAGCAACACUAAUAAUACAAAAAUUAAUGAGGCUAAUGAAACAAAUUAUGUGAAAUUCAUUUCCAAUGGAGACAACGACGUUUCUUCUGAAGUUAGAAAUUCUGACACAUUAAAUAUCCAUCCUAAUUUAAAAAAUAAACAAAAAAAAAGUAAAAUUGAUCAUCCACCCAAUAAUAGCUCAAAUCCAAAAUUGUACUUAAAUGACGCUUUUUCAUCAAAUAAUACCAAAUCAGCAAAUAAAAAAAAAAGAAGCAACAAAAAUUUUAAUUUAAAUUUAUGUAAUGCAUGUUUAAAUAUUGAUGAUGAAAUUUAUGUAAAACAAAUUAAAGAAAUUAUUGAUAGAGAAAUAAAUUUAUCAGACGAAGAUCCUCAUAUUUUAUCAGAAUUAAAAAAAUGCAAUAUCCUUAAUUCAUGUAUUUUCAAUAAUUUAAAAAAUGCUGGCAAUUUUCGUAAAGGAGGAUUGACAUGGGCGGUUUAUUUUAACAGUAAUAAAGCUAAUAAACAUGAUAAAAGUGAAAUAAAUAACGGUAUAUUAAACGAUAAACCUAUAGAUAAGCCAACUUACAACAAUAGCAUCAGUACAAAAUGUUCAAAGGAAACGAUAACAAAUUAUGAUCAGUUAUAUAAGGAAAAACAGAAUUUAAAUAUAUACAAUAGUACUAAUGAUAAUGAAUCUUAUUAUUUAGAAUUAAUAAAUCAUAAUAUUUUUUAUAAUGAUAAAUAUAUAAUAGAACCAAUCAUUGAAAAUACUUGGCUUAAAAAAGUUUUGUUAAUAAUUAAAAAAGAAUCAUUAGAUUUAGAUUCCUUUUUUUUCAAACUAAAAUAUUAUUUUUAUAAAUCAGUCUUAUUUUUAUAUCAGGAAGGAAUUAAAUCUUACUUAGGGGAUGUAGCUAACCAAAUGAAAAUUUAUAUUAAUUAUAAUUUUUGGUCAGCUUCUGAAAUUGCAUAUAUUUUAUGCCAACUAACAAAUUUAUGUAAUAUCCAAAUUGAGAUGAGAGUAAAAGGGGAAGUUGGUUGUGUAAUUUAUUUAAAUGAAGAACCUAAAGGUUUUCAGGGUUUUGUCGAUAGUCAUGAUUUAAAUGAUACUUUUAGUAAAAAAGACUGGUUAUUGUUACAUGAAUUUGCUAUAAAAAUGAUGCAAUAUAAAAAAGAGAAUAAUGAAGAAAUGAAUAAAGAAAAUAACUGUAAAAAUGAUAAAACAGAUAAUUUUUCUUAUAUAUAUGAAGAUGAGAAUAUAAAUUUAGAAGAAGAUUGUAGAGAAAAUAAUAAGUCUCUAGAAGAACAAGAACAAGAUAGAAACACAACUUUAGAAAAUAAAGAUUCAAGUUUGUUGAAUAAUCAAACAUGCUCUAUUGCAUGCAUAUAUAAAAAGAAUCAUAUGAAAAAUUUAGAACAAAUAGAAAGAAAAAAUACUUUUAAUAAUAGUAAUCAUGUAAAAAAUAUCACAAGUGAUAAAAUGGAAGAUUUCCUAAAGUACUCUAACAAUGAAAAUAAGAUGCUAUUGAAUAAUUCUCCUAAUACCAAUGAAUGUAUUUUUUGUUCUCCUUCUAACAAAAAAUUAAAAUCAUAUAUGUUUAAUGGAGGUAGAUAUGCAUUUGCUGCAAAAUUAAAACAAGAAAUUAAGCAUUUUAAAUCUAAAAGAUUAGGUGAUAUUAUACAUUUAGUUCAAUUAGCUAUACAUAAAGGAAUCUUUGUAUAUUCUCAGAGAAUUUUAUUGCCUGUUUCUGCUUGUGAAAAAAGUGCUGAUGAUCUUUAUCCCAAAGUUAAAAAUUUUAAUUAUGAAAUAUGUGAAACGUUAGGAGAAGUUUUACGUAUUAUUUCUUUAUUAGUUGACCAUAAACAGAAUGGAUUAGUUUUAGCACAACUAAAGCAGCAGUUUAUUCUUCAAUUUAAAAAAGAACUAAAUAGUUUGCAUUUUGGUUAUAAAAAAUUACAAAAUUUGUUGCUAUCAGAACCUUUUAAUAAAUAUUACAAAUUAUAUAUACCGAAUUGCAAUUUACAUAGGACUCAUAUUCAACAUAAAAAAUAUAAAACGCCUGAAAAUUGUAAAAUAUUUAAAAAAGAAAAUGUAAAUUUAAAAAAUGAUUUAGAAUUUAUUAGUAAUCAUGAAUUUUAUAAUGAAUAUGAUUCCAAUUCUGAUUCUGAUUCUGAUUAUGAUGAUGAUGAAGAUGAUAAUGACAAUAACAGUGGUGAUGAUGAUAGUUAUAAUGAUAAUCAUAAUGAUGAAGAAAAUGAAGAAGAUCAGGUAAAGGAAGAAAGAAAAGAAGAGAAAAUAGAAGAUAAACAGGAAAAAGAAAAAAAAAACCAUGAAGAACAAAAUAAGGAAAAUAACGAAAUAAAUAAAAAAGCUAUUGAAGUUAUUGAUUUCAAAGACAUUAAAUAUGAGGAUAAUCAACUUUGUGAAUCUGACAAAUAUUCUAAAGAUAUGAAUAAAAAUAAUUCAGAAAUUAAUGAAGUUGAUGAAGAAAAUAAAAAUAGUUCUAAUAAUUUUAAUAAGCCAACAAUAAACAAUUGCAAUGAAAUAAUUAAUAAUAAAAACCUCACCCCCCAAAAAAAAGAAGUAUAUAAGCAAAACGGAGAUUCUUUAACUGAUUUAAAUAAAAAUCAUGAUAACAGUAAUAAAAAAAAUAAUUUUCUAAAAAAUGAUAAUAUCAAGAAUUUUGAAGAUGAUAGUAUAGUUUUGAAGAGUUUGAGUCCAAGUGAAGAAAGCUAUGUGGAAUAUGAGAAGGAAGAAAGUAAAAAAAUAUUGUCAUUUAUCCAAACUGAAAGAGAAAAGAAUAAGGAAUUUGAAAUGAAAAAAAAAGAAGAUAUUUAUGAUGAAAAUAAGAAAGAAAUAUAUGAAAAUAAUAAGGAAAAUCAUAAUGACAUAUCCAAUAGAGUAAAUAAAAGUAGCAAUUCUGGAGAAAAUAAGAAUUCAAAUAAUAAUAAGAGUGAUAAAGAAAUAAUUGAGAAAAAUUUGAAUAAUGAUUUAAAUUAUAAUAAUAGUGAAAGAAUAAUUAAUAAAAAUAAUAAAAACAAGGAUAAGGAUAAAUUAUCAAAUAAUAAUAACAAAAAUAAGAAAUUAUCCACAGAAAAGAAAAAAUUGAAUAAAAAAAUUGAAUUAAGUUAUAAAAAUAUAAAUAGUUUACCACUAUUUAUACAAAAAAGUGUAAAAACAAUUUUUGAAAAUAAUAAAGAAUAUGUAUUUGAAUUAAAUGAGAUAGAAAAUUCUUCAAGCAUAACAGAUAAUAAUAAAGGUACUGACAAUAAUAAUGAUAUUUAUUUAACUAUAUUUUCCAAGAUAAAGGAUAAAAAAAAAGAAGAAAAUGAAGAAUUUAAACAACUAAAUGAAAAAGGAGAAGAAAAUGAACAAGUAAAAGAAAAAAAAGAGGAAGAAAAUAACAAUCUAGUAGAAAAAGGAAAAAAAAAUUCUAAAAUAGUUGAAAAUAAUAAAAUUAGUAUUAUUAAUUCUUUGUAUCAUUUAGAUUUCGAGACAAAAAAUAAAAAUGUACAAAAAUUUAAUGAAAUAAAAAAAAUUUUUUGUAAUGUAGAUAAAAAUAAUUUAGUCGAUGAUGAAAAUAAAAACGAUGAUACAAACUAUAAUAUAUGGAAUUUUCAUUUUAAAAAAUAUCAUUCAGUAGAUAACAAUAAAAAAAAAAAUAAUAAUUAUACUAAUGUAAUAUCAAGAAAUGCAACAAUUUCACCAAUUCUAAAUAUUUAUUCUUUAAUAAAAAAAUUUAAGACAAAGAAAAGUAAUUAUGGAUUUUUUUUCAAUGAAAACAAUGAAACUAAUAAUAAUGAGAAUAAUAAAAAUAUAAAUGACAUUUAUCAUUUAAAUUAUAAUAAAAGUAAUAUUAAUAAAAAUGUAAAUUACGAUUCAGAUUUGGAUAAAACUAGCAUUGAUAAGUCAUCAGUAAAUAGAUUGGGGUCUUCUAAUAUACUGCAGAAUUAUACAUUAGAUUUGAUAAAUGCAAAAAAUAUAAAAGUAAAUAAUAAAGAUAAAAUUAAUAAUCUUGAGAAAAUGAACAUUCAAAAUUUCGAUUAUAAAAUAAAUACUGUAAAAAAAGGAAACUUAAGUAAAAUUAAUUUAAAAUUUAAAAGGGAAAAACAAAAUUUUCGUGAAUAUUUAAAUGGUAUGGAUAGUUAUUUUCUCACAACCAACUCUACUAUCAAAAAUUUAGAUAAUGAAAAAGAUAUAAGUGAUAAUAUUAAUGAUAAAGAAGAUAUUUCUUCAGAUAUAAUAAAAGGGAAAUUUUCUUUUGAUGAGAAUAUUAAUAAUACUAACUUAUAUAAUUAUAAUGAAUCAGAAAAUUUAAUAGAAGCAUACUUUGAGGAAAACAGUAAUGAAAUAAAAAUUAAAAAUGAUAUUAAUAAAAAAAAAGAAUCAUAUAAUAAGAAAAAUGUUUUUUUAUAUAAUAGUAUUAAAGAUGAAUAUUUUGAUAAUGAUCAAAAUAUUAAAAGUGAAAUUAUUAAUUCUGAAAAUAAUACUAAAACAAGUACUACCAAAAAUAUCUCAAAUAUAGUAAAAAUUAUAAAUGGAAAAAUAAUGAAUAAUUUAAAUGAUACAAAAGAAAAAAAUAAUUUGCAUUUUCUAAAAAAUAAUUUUGGCAAUAAUAAAAUUAAUGAUAAUAAUUUAUGUGAUAUAAAUAGUGUAAAUAAUGAAAAAAAAUCAUAUUAUAAUUAUUUAUCAAUAAAUAAUACAAAGAAUGAAAACCGAAAGGAUUUUUAUUUGGAGAAGAAAAAUACUAUAACAAGAGAGAAUGAAUACACUAAUUUAAAAAUAUAUAAUUUUAAUGAAAAACUAGAAGAUUUGAAGAUAGCGAAUGACAACAGUAACGUUAUUGGUAGUGUUAAACAUAAUAAUUAUAGUAACAUUAAUAUCGAAAACAUAAAUGAAUACAACUUUUAUAAUAUAGAUAAAAAAAAUAGCAUUAUUAAUACUAAUAAUAUUAAUUAUAUUAACGAUAAAGACAAUAGUGAUAAUGUUAAUAAUAAUAUUCCUAAUGAUGGCAUAAUUCAAUUUUCAUCAAAUUAUAAAAGCACAAACAAUAAAAAUUAUAAUCACUUAAUUAAUGAAAUUAUGAAAAAAAAAAUAAAACUUAAUAAUAAAGCAAAUUUAAUAGAGAAUGUUAAAACUAUUGAUGAAAUGCUAAGUAUAAAUAAAAUUGUAAAUGAAAAAAACAGUAACAAUGAAGAAGACUUUAAUGAGAAUUAUUCGAUUGCUAAAAAUAAUUCCAAUUUUACUUCUUCAAUAAAAAAAAAUUAUAAUGAUUUACUUAAAAUGGAGAAUACAAAAGAGAGUAAAUAUCUUUUGAACGAAGAAUUAAAAGAAAAAAAUAUAAUCGAUUCAUUAUUAUUAAAAAAUUACUUGAAAAAUAAUAAAUUAAAUAAUCUCAAUUCUAAUAUUUUUGGUAAUAAUCCUAAGAAAAAUCCAAUUCAGAGAGAAAAUAUUUCUGAUAAAUUUCAGAAUACUAUUAAAAUAGUGAGUAAAUACACUGACAAAAAAAAUGAUAUAAUAAAUUAUAUUUCUGAUUUUAAUAACGAUAACAAUAUAAAUAAUAGUUAUAUGUAUAGUAUGAAUUAUUCGGAUAUAAAUGGUAAUAGUAAAAACAAUUAUACUAAUUGGGAUAAAAGUUUUAAUAGAAAGUAUAGUGAUAAAGAGAAUAUUUAUAUUAAUAAUGAAGAUAAUUGUGUAUAUGAUCGUGAUUAUUUUUAUUUUAACAACUAUAAUAGUAAUUAUUCAGAUAAAGAUCAAAAUUUCUAUAGAAAUAAUAAUGAGGGUAGAUACAUUAAUAGCAAUGAAAAUUUAUAUAUUAAUAUAAAUGAAUAUAACUGUAAACAUAAUGAUGAAAAUUUUUAUAAUAAUACAAAUGAAAGAAGUUAUAAUAAUAAUGAAAGUUCUAAUUUUACUGAUAACACAAACAAUAACUUUGAAAUAAAAGAUAUUAAUAGUUGUAACUAUGUUAAAAAUAUUAAUUACUUAAAGAAUAAUUUAAAUAUUACCUGUAACAAGAAUAGUUGCAAUAAAUACAGCAAUAAUAACAAUAAUAAUAUUAAUAUAGUUAAUAACAAUGAUAAUGAUAUUAGUAAUAUUAAUAAUAAAAUUAGUAAUAGUAAUAAUAAUCAUAAUAAUAAUGAUAUUAGUAAUAUUAAUAAUAAUAUUAGUAAUAGUAAUAAUAAUCAUAAUAAUAAUGAUAUUAGUAAUAUUAAUAAUAAUAUUAGUAAUAGUAGUGAUAAUAAUAAUAAUAAUGAUAUUAGUAAUACUGAUUUUAAAAAUAGUUAUGAUCAUAAAAAUAAUAAAGAUUUUUCAUGCAUAGAAAAUAAUAUUUAUUUAAAUAGUGUAAAUCAUAGCUAUAUAGAAAAAGAGAAUAAUAAUAUAAAUGAUAAAAAUUAUAUAUAUAAUGAUAUUAAUAUAUAUGAAAAUGAAAAUUUAAAAAAUUUUAAUAACAAGGAAAUAAAAAAAUUCAAUUGCAACAAAAUAAAUAAAAGUAUAGUAAUAAAUAGCAAUGAACUAAAAAGUAAUACUUUAGAUAAAGAUAAUUAUAAUAAAGAUGUUUAUGAUGUCUUUAAUAAUAUAAUAAUGAAUAAAAAUUUUACUAAUUAUAAACAUGAUGAAAAUGAUAAUUUAAAAAUAAAAUACAGCACUAAUGAAAAAAAUUCAUCAAAUUAUUUAGUGAAAUUAAAUAAUUUUUCAAGUACAAAUGAAGAAACAAAAAUUGAUCACAAAAGCAAAAAUGAACAAAAAAGUUUUAUCUUGAAUAAUAAUGAAAACUUUAAACAGUUAAAUGUUAUAAAUAAUUCUCAAGAGUAUUUAGAUUACUCCUUUAAAAAUGGUAAUAUAAAUUAUGAGAGCAUUGAUUUAAUAGAAAAAAAAAAUGAUCAAAGCAAUAGUACCUUUUUUUUACAAGAAAACGUAGAUGAUAUAAACUUUUCUAAAAAUAAAAAUAUAUAUAAAUAUAAUUAUAUAGAAAAACCAUUAAAUAGACAAUAUAAAAAAAAUAAUUUAACUUAUAAUUCAUUAGAAGAAGAAAGUAGAUUAAAUGAGCAAAGCAUCUUUAUUGAAAAUAAUUAUAUAUUGGAUACAUAUAAUAGUAACAAAAAAAAUGUUUUCUUUAACAAUGGUGCUUUAUUAAAUAAAUAUAGUACUAUUAAAAAAAACAUUCCAAUUAAUAAUAAUAUAUUUUUAUCAGAUCAGUACAAUCAAGUUAGAAAAAAUAGUUUUGCUACAUGCAAUAAUUUUGAAAUACUGAAAAAUAAUUUAGAGAGUGAAAAAAAGUAUCAUAAUAAAAAAUAUUAUAAUUUUGAAGAUAACCAAUAUUUAUCAAACAAAACAGGAAACCAUAACAAAAUAUGCAAAAUUAAAAAUGCCUUUUCAGAAAGUUUUGACAGCAAAUAUUUUAAAAAUGAUUCAAAAAAUUUUUUUGGAGCAAAUAUGAAUUUGUCCGAAAAUAAAAAUUUCAAUGAUUUAACUUUUUCAAAUGAUACAAAAAAGUUGUGUUCGUUAAUAAAAAAUAAAAAAAAAAUUAAUGUAGAUAACAAAUUUUUAGAAGAUAAUAGUAAUAAUAUGAAAAAUAAAAUAUCAUUUAGUAAAAUUAAAAACUAUAAUUAUUUUAAAAAAUAA